AUGGCUGCGCGGGAAGUGGACCAACGCUUGCGUGGCAUGCUCGAGCCUCUUCAACAGCAGGAUCCGGACAUUUCCCAGAUCGUGACGUACUCAAAGUUUGUGGUCGCAUACUUCCUGCAGCAGGACGGGACCAGCCCUGGCUGGCGAAAGGCCAACAUUGAAGGACCAGUGUACCUCGUUCGUCGGAAAUCAGCGCCAUUGUAUCAGGUGAUAGUCAAGAACCAGUUCAGCACCAGUGACCUGAUUGACAACCUGCAUCCGGAGUGGGAGUUGGACUGUCAAAAGAACUACAUCUUCUACAAGAUUGAGGAUCCGUCGAAGCAGAUUCGAGGCCUUUGGUUCCAUAACGAUGCCGAGCGCAUCAAGAUUGAGAACAUGCUGGAGCAGACUAUGGAAGAGCUUCGGAACAAGGGCAUGGAUGUCCCACCCACCAAGCAGGUAGCAGCACAACCACCAAGAGCUGGUGAGUCUGCGGCAAACGGUGAUUCACAGUCCGCAGCACGGAUCUCAGGUUUGCCAGACUUUGCAGCCUCAAGUUCAUGGCAGCUUGUCAAGGAUGGGGUGGUGGUCACGAAGGAGACGGUGCGUACAGUACUUCGUGCAAUGGCUGACGAUGAUGCCUUCCUGGAGACCUUUAUGCAGACUCCGUCUCAGCUCUCUGCUCUAAAUUCUUCGAACACGUGCAGAUUGGCAGAUUCAGCCGGAGCAGAGCCACGCAGCCCUGCGCAUUCUGAGGAAGCUGAAGCUAAAGUCGAGUGGGUGAAGGCAGCGACCUCGACGAAGACGGAAGCGAACCACAAUGAGGCGAAAGUGCCAUGGAAUGCUCUGGCACAGAACUGUCCGACCGUCCCUGCGCAGAAGGAAGCGAUAGGUGCGGCGAUGACUUGCGGGGUUGCUUGUCAGCUGAUGGACCUCUCUGUGGCCGACCUCUGCAGGUUCGACACCUCAGCCUGCGGCGAUUCAGUACCGGCAGGGACCUCCUGCCCAAUUGCAUGCCGAGACCCCUUCUUUGGUCAGACCUCUCUGGCCUCUUGCCCCCCUGGCAACACGAAUCCGGCAUCUCGAGCAGCAUGGACGCCUCCGGAUUGCGACAUCUUUGCGAGCGCCUGCCCUGAGCCGGCGGAGAUCCCGGGAGCGUACGUGAAGGAGCCAAGCGGGCAGUGGAAGUGCGCGAGCGGCUUUGCAGGGACGGCGGUCGCUCGCUGUGUGCCAGACGAGAACUGUGAGAAUACGCUUCAGUUCUUCGGUUGUGAAGAGACCACGGCGUGCGCAGCUCCCACAGAGUUGAUCGGCUGCGUGCUGGAUGUCACACAGUGUGCCGAUGUGGAGCCGGGUGGGGCCUGUCCGGUCAGCUGCCGCUUUCCAUACACCGGCUGGUCCAGUGUGGCUGUGUGUCAUCCAGACAACACCAAUCCUGAUGUUGGCCUCCUUGUAGUGGAGCCAGAAUGCACGCUGACUUGCGAAGACCCGCCCAACGAGCCGCAGGGCUACAUCAAGGUAUCUUCUGGGAACGGCUGGGCAUGUGCACCUGGGUAUGGUGGCACAGCAACUUGGGAGUGUGUCAUUGACUCCGUGUGUGCUUCAAAGAAGGUUCUUUCUGGAUGCUCCUUGCUAGCACGCUGCAUCUUGCCAGAGGAUGAAGAUGCUUGCAUGUACGACUUGACAGAGUGUAUCGGAGAAACAGCUGCUCCUGGAAGCUCAUGCAAGGUUCACUGUAAGAGGCCUUAUGAAGGCAACUCAACCACUGCCAGCUGCCCAGCUGGAAACACAAAUCCCAUUCGUCAGCUCGAUUGGGAGCCUCCUGACUGCAACAUCAAUUGCGGCCAGGUGGCAGAUGUCCCAGUGGGAUACCUGUCUCACCCUUACAGGCGUGAGUUCGGUGGCUGGCGUUGUGUUGACGGCUAUGCUGGCUUUCCUGUGGUGACCUGUGGCACAGAUGUGAAUUGCAAUCCUCAGUUAAAGUUCGCCGGCUGCAGUGCAUUGAUCCCCUGUGUUCAACCGAACCUGUCCGCCGGGGAAUUAUGUGCCUUCCAACACACAUGCAUAUCAGUGCGCUCGGGGGGCUCCUGCGAAGUCUCGUGCCGGCCACCCUACGUGGGUGGGAUUGCAUCAGCAGUUUGUCCUCCAAACAAUACGCAGAGCAACAGGCAGUUGAUCUGGGCUUCCCCAGAUUGCAACUUGGAGUGUCCGAUCCCAGAUCCGGUUCGAGAGGGCUAUGUUGUCACAGGAGUGGAUGUGCUUGGAAAGCCUACCUUUGCAUGCGCCCCACGUUGGGAGGGCACACCAACGGCCACCUGCAGCAUCUCCGACAGUGGCUGCAACGCUGCAUACGAGCUCCGGGGCUGCACACGCCAAGCGGCCUGCGCCAUUCCACCGGACACUCCUUGCUCUGUGGAUUGGUCCGACUGCCAGAAUGUUUUCGCAGGUGAGAGCUGCUCGGUGUCCUGUGGUCCUAGCUUUACCGGGAACAUUACCGAGGCCACGUGUGCCGAGGGGAACACAGACCCGACGACGCUGCUCGAAUGGACUUUUCCGGGCUGCCAGCUUUCCUGUCAGGACCCCGUGGCCCCGAUCGGCUACUCCAAGACGCUCUUCAUGUGUGCAGCAAACUACAGUGGAGACCCGGUGUCGAGAUGUGCUGCGGAUUGGGAUAAUGCCUGCAGGAGCACGUAUUCCUUCUCAGGAUGCAGGGAGCUGGUCCCAUGUGCUCCGCCUCGUGUUGGGCGAGGCCGUGGAGCUCGGUCGGAAUCCUCUGAUGCCCAGGAGAUGAUGUGCCAGUACGAUUUCUCGGACUGCCAGUCGGUUCUUCCCGGGCAUAACUGCACCAUCCGUUGUGGCACUGAUUAUUCCGGCACCCAGACCAUUGGAUAUUGUCCAUCUGACAACACGGACCCAAAUGCCGAGCUGUUGUAUGUGGAGCCGCUCUGCCGCCUCAACCCAUGUGAGAUGAAUGUACCUCCAGGCUAUGUCGAGACGCCGUGUGGGUGGGUCUGCGACGAAGGGUACAUUGGGAGCGUGCAGGCGAGUUGUGAACCGGUCGGGAGUGAGCCAGGGAGAUGCAGAUCUCUGUUGCAGAUCAGUGGCUGCACGCAAACUGUACAGUGUGCUCCCUUGAUGGUGAACGACACCUGCCGAACAAAUGCUUCGGAGUGCACAUCAUUGCAGCCUGGCCAAGGAUGCAAUGUGACGUGUUCCGAGCCCUACACAGGCGGUCAAGGAGAGAAUGCAACUUGGGCCUACUGUCCACUCAGUACCACGACCCCCAACCAGCAGCCUGCAUGGGGCACGGACAUGGAAGAAUGGGCACUGGACUGUGAGCUCGAGUGCGAGCUGCCUCGUCCCAUUCCCGCAGGCUAUUUGUUGGGCACUGACGGUGAGUGGUCCUGCGACCGUGCAAACCAAUACAGUGGAGUGGCAUCAGCGGAGUGCACCGUCAAUGUGUCGACCUGUUCGCCCAUUCUUAUUUUGUCCGGCUGCUUUCCCACGACGCCCUGCGAUAUGCCAUCUUAUGACCGCUGUCAGCACGACGUUUCCGGGUGCCCUGUGGACGGCAAGUUGAUCUCCGGAACAUCUUGUUCUGUGAGUUGCAUGUCUCCAUACAGCACUCCCUUGGGAGAGCCUGGUGGCCUCAUCGAGUGUCGGGAUCCGAACAUUGAUCCUUUAGGUGCGAUUUGGACGCCUCCUCGAUGUAUCCUGGGCUGUGCUCAGCCUUCGUCACAGGCUGGCUACCGCCAAGUUCUCGGUGAAUGGACAUGUGCUGAUGGCUAUGAUGGUCCGGGGGCAAUCUGGUUCGAAUGCGUCGUUGAGCCUGACUCCUGUGUCGCAUUCCCGCGCCUCUUUGGCUGCCUGCCCUUCGUUGCAUGCACGACUCCGGUCUUGACUCCAGUUCAGCAGUGCGUCUUGGAUCUGGUGAAUGGCAACUGCUUGUCGGUUCUUCCAGGCGAAACCUGCACCCUCUAUUGCAAGUUUCCCUACGUUGGGGAUCGUAUCUUCGCUGCCUGCCCGGCCACGAAUAUCGAUGCGACACGGGAGCCAAACUGGGCAGCUCCUAUCUGCUACUGUCCCAUUCCGGACCCAGUUCCCACAGGCUAUGUGUAUUUAGGGCCCGACGAGUUCGGCUGUGCCGAUGGAUUCUUCGGAGCCGCAGUCUACAGAUGCGAUGUAGAUACAACGACCUGCCAGCCGACAGUUGUACUGACAGGCUGUUAUCCGCUGAGUUCUUGCUCGACACCGCAGGUGGAUACCUACAAUUUGUGCAAGGUUGACUUCAGCGAAUGCAGCGGCCCGAUUGCGCCCGGCGAUUCAUGCAAUGUCACUUGCAAGGCAGGAUAUGGUGAAAAUAUGAGCAUGGCCGAAUGUCCUGGUGACAACACUGACCCAGACUACACGCCGGCCUUGUUGUUGGAGUGUGGGGAGUACACAUGUGCGACUCCUGAGGAAUGGGCCAUGGAGAAUCCUUUACCGAAAGGAUACGACGUUGGUGUGUGGAGGUGCGCUCGUGGCUACCGUGGCGUCACAUCCACCCAGUGCCUUCAGUCCGACCAGUGUGGAGGAACUUUGCAGCUAUUCGGUUGCGUUCCCCUCGAGUCCUGCUCCUCGCCACGGCUCUCUGCAAGAGAUGCCUGCCGCUUCAACUUCACGGAUUGCGAGGACACGGUAGCCGGUGGCUUCUGCGAGAUCCAGUGCGCUGAGCCGUUCUUUGGUCUUCCGGGCAAGGCCUUCUGCCGGCCGGACACCACCGACCCGAGCACGGAACUGACAUGGGCGGAGCCGCUGUGUCAUUUGCGAUGUCCCGAUCCGGACCCCAUUCCUGCAGGGUUCCAGCGGGUUGGAAGCUGCGGCUGGGAAUGCGCCGAGGGCUACGAGGGGAAACCGAUCGCCGACUGCGACGUAGACGAAUUCUGCCAGCCAAGGCUCAGCCUCAGCGGCUGCUUGCGCGAGGAGCCAUGCAUGGUUCCCCAAGAAGGGAGCUACGACCAGUGCAAGUUCAACUUCACGGACUGCAUGGGGCAAAUCCAAAUGCCGGGUGCUUCCUGCCAAGUGAAGUGCAGACCCCCGUACCUUGGUGCAGAUUUCGUGGCGACUUGCCCGGAAUUCAACACCGUGCCAGGCUUGACACUGGUGUUCUCCGAGUCCAGCUGCAUGCUAAACUGCCCAAUGCCAGAUCCUGUGCCCAUGGGAUACAGGGUCUCUCAAGGAAACGAUUGGAGCUGUGAUGAGGGCUUCUCUGGCUCCCCACUGGCGAGCUGUGUGUUGAACGAGGAGUGCCAGGAGCCCCGGCUGCAACUGACGGGAUGUUACCAGAACACACCCUGCCGAGCUCCCCACCUGGAGGUCUGUCGCUUCGAAACGGAUUGCAGGGAGUCCCUGCAGCCCGGGGAGGAAUGCGAAGUCCGCUGCCUGCCUCCCUUCAGCUUUAACAGCUCCCUGGCGCGCUGCCCGGAUCUGAACACGGAGGCCAACCGCACACCGGACUGGGAAGAGCCGGACUGUGAGCUGCAUUGUCCGCCAAUGGAUCCUCCUGCAAACUACACUCUCGAGGAGGGGGUCCUCAUGUGUGUAGCAGAUGCCGUCGGACAGCCCAUGGCAGAAUGCCGAAUAAACCAAACAAGCUGCCAACCUUAUUGGCACUAUGCUGGUUGCCACCUUCUGACGCCUUGCGCGUCGCCAGCAGUUGAUGCUUGCCGUAUGGACAUUGGCAACUGCACAGACGUUGGUGCCGGUGAGUGGUGCGAGAUGAGGUGCAGGGAUGGCUUGGUCGGGGGAGAGUUCAUGGGCAGCUGCCCGUCUGGCAACGUCGAUGGCUCCACGCCACUGGCCUUCGAUCGUCCUCCGAGCUGCCACUGCCCGGUGGCGGCACCGCAACUUGGCUACAGGCCCAACCAUUCACACGGCCACGGCCAUUUGCAUCGCGUCGACGGUGGCCGCUGGCAAUGCGCCGAAGAUUGGACAGGAACCGCCGAGGCUACUUGUGCCAUUGAUGACGGCUGCAACAUUCAGGUCACACUCAGUGGUUGCGUGCCAAUUCACAGCUGCGCGCCACCACUGCCAAUGUACCUGAGCCAUCCAGACGACUGCCGCCGUGUACCUGCAGGAAGCACGUGCGCAGCACGAUGUGCUCCUUUCGCGUGCGUCUCAGGCGGACCAUUGUCUUUUGCAUGUCCAGCAGCAAACCGUGACCCCACACUUCCAGCUGAGCUCGUGGCAGGGUCGUGCAGCGUCCGAUGCGAGAUUUGCCGGUCCACGCCCUUUCUCGACUCAGACCCUCGCCCCGGACACAUCGCCGGCAUGCUGCGCUUUGGGGAAGCGCAUGCAAACGGGCAAAUGCCAGUGGAGGGUGUCUUCGGAUACAGGGUCUUCUUUGCAGAUGAGUGCGGCAUGCAAGUUGGACCUACCUUGGGCUAUGUUCCACGAAGCGAGCGGCUCUAUGCAUGCUGUGCGGCAACAGCCUACUCGCUGGAAGUGUCUGAUGCAGAGAUUCCGCAAGCUGCAACACAACUGCUCAUCGCAAUUAACACGAGUUAUGGUGAAAUGCCUCACGGCACGCCGAUAGAGUACAGCGACUUAACGCAAACAGUUGUUGAGACGACGCCCCGGGUCAUCACAGCAGAUUCUCGCAGAGUCCUGUUCCAACCCAGUGGAAUCUGGCUCGUGCUGAUCGCCAGCUUGCGGCACGUGAGUCUUUGA